GUAUUCCAUAGUGCCGCCACGCAUUCUUGAGUUUGCGGAACAAUGAAGGUACACACGAGUCAUACUUUGAUCUUGGGGCUGGUCGUUACAAUUGCGGCCGUCAAUGCUGCAAAUAUGCCACUAUUUCUUCCCAGCUGAUAGAGGGGACUAUAAUGGUGACACACACGGAAUUGUCACUUCCAUCACAUCGAGAGUCGGAGUGGUACCAAUCGUUGGAGAAUAUCUGGCGAUUUUGAUAAACUUGAUAAUUGAAUUGAUAGUGACAAUGCAAAGGAUUACCCAUGGGGCGGUAUCACGAUUUUUCGACGGAAUUCUUCCCUGCGAAAUCAGCACGGAAAAUGGACUCGUUUGUACAGGACUCGAACAGAGUGGCGGGAUACAAACAUUGUUAAAUUCGAUCCUCGACUCGAUUCCUUCUUUGCCUACGUUUGUAAAGAAAUUAAUUAUGUCCAGGGUUAAUGACGUUGAUAAUGAGGUUGUCAGUUCCAUUUUAAAAAGCAUUUUCGGAAGGGUUAAGGCCACUUAGACCUAAUUUUGAGGUUAGGAUGUGACCAUCAGGGAUGUUUGAUGUGCAAAAAUAAAUAAAAGCGACAAGAAAUGUUUGUACAAAAUGUUUGUUUUCAUACUCUCAUUCUUCUUGCCUACGUUUGUAAAGAAAUUAAUUGUGUCCAGUGUUAAUGACGUUGAUAAUGAGGUUGUCAGUUCCAUUUUAAAAAGCAUUUUCGGAAGACUCAAGGCCACUUAGAUCUCCUACUUUUGAGGUUAGGAUGUGAUCAUCAGGGAUGUUUAAUGUGCAAAAAUAAAUAAAAGCGACAAGAAAUGUUUGUACAAAAUGUUUAUUUUCAUACUCUCAUUCUUCUUGCCUAUGUUUGUAAAGAAAUUAAUUGUGUCCAGUGUUAAUGACGUUGAUAAUGAGGUUUUCAGUUCCAUUUUAAAAAGCAUUUUCGGAAGACUUAAGGCCACUUAGACCUAAUUUUGAGGUUAGGAUGUGACCAUCAGGGAUGUUUGAUGUGCAAAAAUAAAUAAAAGCGACAAGAAAUGUUUGUACAAAAUGUUUAUUUUCAUACUCUCAUUCUUCUUGCCUACGUUUGUAAAGAAAUUAAUUAUGUCCAGUGUUAAUGACGUUGAUAAUGACGUUGUCAGUCCCAUUUUAAACAGCAUUUUCGGAAGGCUUAAGGUCACUUAGACUUCCUAAUUUUGAGGUUAGGAUGUGACCAUCAGGGAUGUUCGAUGUGAAAAAUAAAUAAAAGCGACAAGAAAUGUUUGUACAAAAUGUUUAUUUUCAUACUCUCAUUCUUCUUGUCUACGUUUGUAAAGAAAUUAAUUAUGUCCAGUGUUAAUGACGUUGUCAGUCCCAUUUUAAAAAGCAUUUUCGGAAGGGUUAAGGCCACUUAGAUCUCCUAAUUUUGAGGUUAGGAUGUGACCAUCAGGGAUGUUUGAUGUGCAAAAAUAAAUAAAAGCGACAAGAAAUGUUUGUACAAAA